AUGCCGGUCCGAGCUCUGGCUACUGCCGCGUCCGGCGCCCCUGGCAAAAAGUCGAGAUUCACCGCUGAGGAGAGCGAUGAACGCGAGCAUGUGUCAAACUUCAAACAGCAAAGGCAACGAGAGCUUCAGGAGGAUCGCGAGAGCGAGGACCCACUCUAUCCCGAUGCCUACCCUCGGCUCAAGCCGUCGGAUGGGCGGAAGAGCGUCGCUGAGUUUCUAGAAGUCUUCAGUAGCGAGCCCUCGGGGGAGGAGGUCGUCCUUAUGGGCCGGGUCCGAUCCAAGCGCGUCGUCGGAAGCUCGCUCAUCUUCCUCGACGUUGUGAACGAGUUCCAGAAAGUGCAGAUCAUGAUCAACAAGAAAAAGUGUGUUCCCGAAAAGCCCAAAAGAAACCGUAAAUUCGCCGUCCUCAAGCACCUCAUCCAGGUCGGCGACCACAUCUCGGUCACCGGCGUCGCCACACGCACCGAGGCCGGAGAGCCGACGCUCGAAGCCCGGGAGCUCCCCGAACUGCUCGCGCCGUCCAUGGAGCAGAUACCGGAAAAGCUCACCAACGCCAAGUCGCGCAUGCAGGAUCGCCACGUCGACAUGCUCGUCAACCGGGAGGUGGUCGACGUCCUGAGGCUCCGCGCCGAGAUCACAAAGCACAUGCGGGACCACUUUCACUCGAAGCGCUUCCUCGAGUUCCAGACUCCCAUCCUGGCCGGCAACGCGGGCGGCGCCGUCGCGCGGCCCUUUGUCACGAGGGCGUCGGCAAACUUUCGCAACAAGGACCUGGCCCUCCGCGUCGCGCCCGAGCUGUGGCUCAAGCGGCUCGUCGUCGGCGGCGUCGACAGGGUCUUUGAGAUUGGCCCGGCCUUUCGCAACGAGGGCGUCGACGCCACCCAUAACCCCGAGUUCACCAUGUGCGAGUUCUACAGCGCAUACACCAGCCUCCCCGACCUCAUCCACGAGACGGAGGAGCUGCUCCACGGCCUGGCCAGGCGCUCCCAGGAGCUCAUCUCCACCCAGCUCACCUCGUUGCCCCCCGUCGACCUGUCGCGGUUCGUCCGGCCUUUCAAGCAGGCCGAGUUUGUGCCCGCCCUCGAGGAGGCCAUGGGGCUCCGCCUUCCCAAGCUCUCUGCCGAGGCUGCCCUUCCCGAGAUGCUGGCCGUGCUGAAGCUUGGCGGCAUCAAUGUGCCUGGCGAGGUGCCCAGGACGCUGCCCAAGCUCCUCGACCGGCUUGCGGCCCUGUACCUGGAGCCCAUGUCCUUCAAGGAGCCCCUCUUCAUCACCAACCACCCCGCGUGCAUGUCCCCGCUGGCCAAGAGCUUCCUGUGCCCCAAGACGUACCAGCUCGUCUCGGCCCGCGCCGAGCUCUUCGUCGGCGGCAGGGAACUGGCCAACAUGUACGAGGAGGAAAACGACCCCGAAGAGCAGAGGCGCAAGCUGGUUGCCCACCGCAGGCUCGUCAACAAGGCCGACGGCGACAUUGGCUUCGAGGAAGCGCCGGUCGAAGCGCCCCCGGCCGCCGACGACCCGCCGGCGCAGGCAGACGAAGAGGGCGACGUGGCCGAGCAAGGCGAGGAAUGCGACAAGGCCGACGAGGGCGACGACGAGGGCGACGACGAGGGCGACGACGAGUGGGGCGCAACCCCUCUCGACGAGACCUACAUCAAGGCCCUCGACUACGCGCUGCCGCCCACGGGCGGAUGGGGCUGCGGCGUCGAGCGCCUCGUCAUGCUCUUCUCGGGCGUGAACCGCAUCAGCGACUGCCUGAGCUUCGGGACGUUGCGCAACGUCGUCGGCUUGUCGGCCGACGACAGGGCCGACGACAAGGCGGCCGUCCAAAAGGCCAAUAAGGAGGCCGUGGCGGAUCCGGCACCCAGAGAUGGGGAAUGA